AUGACUCCCAAGACGCUAGAGGUGACUAGCAGUUCGUCGCCCACCGAAUUGGACAAGGACCUUCUUAGUCCCCAUUUGGCACGGAGUGGGCUCCAGAUGGCUGCAGAUGGCUUUCAUGUCCAGUGGGCGUCCGAUAAUCCGCGUCAUCCGCGCAAUUGGAGCCGCUGUCGGAAGAUAUAUGAUACCUCGUUGGUGAUAUUUUUGGAAUUCUUCACGACCGCGAUCAGCACGUCGGGUUCGACGAGUGCCCGCGAUGCGCUUCGUGAAUUUGCCAUUCCGCGCGAAUUGUCCGUCUUCAUCUUCGUGUCCUUAUAUCUCCUAGGCCAGGGCAUCGGCGCCAUCGCCUUCCCCCCUUACUCGGAGGCGUUCGGGCGCCGCAAGCUGUAUGUCGUCAGCACCGCGCUCUAUAGCAUCUCGUGCGCCGUCGUCGCCGCCGUGCCUUCGCUGGCUGGCGUCGCCGUCGGCCGGUUCAUCAGCGGCGUGCUCUCCGCGAUCCCGACGACGGUCGUCAUUGGCAGUAUAGAGGACCUCUUCAAUGCCCGCGACCGGGUAUGGGUCAUCUACUGUUGGGCGAUGGUCGCCAACAUGGGGAUGUUGCUGGGACCCAUCUUCAGCACGUAUAUUACGGCUGAACUUGGCUGGCGUUGGCUCUUCUACGUCGCCGCCAUCGUAACCGCCGUCGUGAGCAUCCUCCUCCUCACCAUCCGCGAGUCCCGUCCAUCACUCCUCCUAGCACGAGAAGUCGCCCACCUGCGCGAAAUAACCAACAUCCCAACCCUCCAAGCCUUCAACCCAGACCAAACGCCCGAUCUCCUCACCUUCAUCCGGCUCGCCCUCGCCCGCCCCGUCCGCCUCUUCUUCACCGAGCUCCUCGUCUUCAUCGUCUCCACUAUGAGCGCCGCCGCCAUCGCCCUCGUCUACCUCUUCACCGAAGCCCUCCCCCCAAUCUACCAAGCCUUCGCCUUCACCCCCCAACAAGCCUGCCUUCCCUUCCUCGCCAUGUUUGCCGGCCUCUUCUUCGGCAUCCUCACCCGCUUCCAAGACCUCCGCAUCCUCGCCCACCACAGACACCACAACCUGCCCCUCCGCCCCGAAGACAAACUCACCGGCUUCUCCAUCGGCGUCCCCAUCCUAGCAGCCUCCCUCUGGCUCUUCGCCUGGACCAUUCCCCCCAUCGCAUCCUCCACCGCGCCCCACAUCCACUGGAUAGUCUCCGCCCUCGCCCUCGUCUUCGUCGGCUACGGCCUCAACGAAAUCGACUACGUCCUUGGGGGAUACCUGACCGAUAGCUACCUCAGCUACGCCGCCAGCGGCCUCGCCGCGCUGAGUAUCGUGCGCGCUCUACUCUCCGCGGCAUUACCGCUCAUCGCAGGUCCCAUGUUCGGCGCGUUGGGCAACAACGUCGCUGUGUCGGUCUUGGCGGCCGUCGCGACGGCGCUGUGCGUCGUCCCGCCCGUGUUUGCGCGGUAUGGCGCUGCUAUAAGGGGACGGAGCGCGUUUGCGAAUUUUAGUUUGAAGGUUUAUUUGGAGAAUAGUGUUGAUGAGGAGGGAUAUUAA